UGUGUGUUUAUUGGUGGAGUGGUUACCAAGGCCAAAUCAACUGCGCAUAGUCAGUCGCACAAUUCUUGCAUUUACAUAACCAGUAGAACGCUUCGCCGUUAGUGAUGAAUCUGGCCGGUAAAGUAGUCCUAAUUACGGGUGCCAGCAGUGGGAUCGGAGCUGCAGCGGCUCUGAAAUUCUCCCAACUUGGAGCCAAGCUUGCCCUAACGGGACGUAAGGUGGACAAUCUCAAUAGCGUUGCCAAGCAGUGUACCGGAUCGGCCGGGGCACCGUUCGUGAUUGCUGGAGACAUCACGAAGGAAGCGGACACGGAGCAUGUUCUGAAGGCUACCAUCGAGAAGUAUGGCAAGCUUGAUGUGCUCGUAAACAAUGCCGGCAUCAUCGAGACGGGCACCAUCGAGACGACCAGCCUGGAGCAGUUCGAUCGUGUCAUGAACACCAACAUCCGAUCGGUCUACCAUCUGACGAUGCUGGCCGUACCCCAUCUGAUCGAGUCGAAGGGUAACGUGGUGAAUGUGUCCAGCGUGAACGGAAUCCGCUCCUUCCCGGGAGUACUGGCGUACAACAUUUCGAAGAUGUCGGUCGAUCAGUUCACGCGUUGCGUUGCCCUCGAGCUAGCCGCGAAGGGUGUGCGCGUAAACUGCGUCAAUCCGGGGGUGACCGUAACGAACCUGCACAAGCGCGGUGGCAUGGACGAGCAGACAUACGCUAAAUUUUUGGAACACUCCAAAAACACUCACGCAAUGGGCCGUCCAGGCCAAGCGUCCGAGGUGGCCGAUGCAAUCGUUUUCCUGGCGAGCGAUUCAUCAUCAUUCAUAACUGGUGCCAGCCUGCCUGUAGAUGGUGGUCGCCACGCUAUGUGCCCCCGCUAAUUCGGACAUGAGAGAACAUCUGCAGUUAUCUCCUUCUAUCUUAUUUUAUUUCGAUACUGUUGGAAUAAAAUGCCAUGCAUUA